UUCUUUUUCAUAGUCUCUUAUUCCCUCUCCUCUGCCCUAGCGGCCGAUACACUUUGGAAAACCCGACCCGAGGAACAUUCGGUCCCUAGCUGACCUCUGAAGCAGCUCCAUCCUCAGAAAACCAUCAUCCUGCUUUGCUAAUCGAAUUUACUGCUUUCGUAAGAAUCAAAAUGUCAACUGGCCCUGGGCUUGAGUCGCUUGUAGAUCAGACUAUCUCGGUCAUCACCAAUGAUGGACGUAACAUAGUGGGAGUUCUAAGAGGCUUUGAUCAGGCCACAAAUAUCAUUCUCGAUGAAUCUCACGAACGCGUUUACUCCACCAAGGAAGGUGUUCAGCAACUUGUGUUGGGUUUGUACAUAAUAAGAGGCGACAACAUCUUUGCAGAGGUGUUGUUGGUGAACUGGAUGAAGAGCUUGAUUCCGCGCUCGACUUGUCGAACCUGAGAGCACAUCCUUUGAAGCCCGUUAUCCAUUGAUCGGACUAAUGAAGUUGUAUUGGCUUUUAAGGACAGCAUGUCGGAUUAAACACCUAAGAAAAACAUGUCAAAUAACUGAAAUAUGAUGAAUGGAAAGUUGAAAAUCAAUGUGGUUUCAGUUCUGGAUGCAUUUCUAUGUUAUAUGGCUGCUGUUUACCUC